AACUCGAGGCGGCUGAGUGUUUGGAUCUGUAGUUGAGAAGAAAGCUGCAGUGUAAGAAACCCCGAGUGUCGACACGACUUGCGAAUAAGUUGUUAAACGCAGAAUGAAGAAGAGGAGCUAACAACGCUGCUGGGAAGUUCAAGUCACGUCGGGAAGAAAAGCAACACAGCGUGUCGAGCAGUGGAUCCGGUGGCAUUCAUCGUUUCCCUCCGUACACACAGAGGUGUUCAAGACUCCGUGUGAGGAUGGGACAAGGUGGUGUUGGGUGUGACCGCAGCCCUGGAGGCUGAUGAACCUGCUCCAUUGGCCAGUCAGGAUGCACAUAGCUUCAGUGGGUGUCAGCAAGUUCUGCUUCCUGUUCUCUCUUGCAUUCUGUGGCCUCUUGCUUCUGUUAAUCCCGGCCUUCCAGCCCCCAGCUCGCCAGGUGGACCUGCCUCAGCCCCGACCUCAAAUCAGACCCACACAUGCACACUUAUCACUUCAUACCAGGGUACCAGCAGUGUCUGUCCCUGCUGGGGGAACUGACACAGCUACAGGGCUAAAUGAAAACUCAUUGGGCCAAGGGGAAACCAUUGAGAUGGAAGUUACCGGGGGUGAUAAUUAUAGACGGGUGGAGUCCCCAAAAAGCCUUGAAAGAGGGGCUUUUCCUGCACGAAAAGCUGGUGGACCUUUAGGAGCUACAUCCCAUGACCCAUUAGAGUUGAAGGACAUUUUUAUUGCUGUGAAGACUACCAAGAAGUACCACAAGUCCCGACUGGAGCUGCUAAUUCGCACCUGGGUUUCCCAAGCUAAAGAACAUACCUUCAUGUUCACUGAUGGUGAGGACAACGAGCUACGGAUGAGAACAGGAGCCAACAUCAUCAACACAAACUGCUCAGCAGCUCACACCCGCCAGGCUUUGUGCUGCAAGAUGUCUGUGGAGUACGACAAAUUCAUUGAGUCUCAGAAAAAGUGGUUCUGCCAUGUGGAUGAUGAUAACUAUAUGAUUCUGCCCAGCUUGUUGCGGAUGCUCUCCUCCUACCACCACAGCCAGGAUGUCUACCUGGGCCGGCCUAGUCUGGAUCACCCUAUUGAAGCUUCAGAGAGAGUCAAGAGUGAUGGAUCAGUGUCGGUUAAGUUCUGGUUUGCCACGGGUGGAGCAGGUUUCUGUAUCAGCAGAGGUCUGGCACUGAAAAUGAGCCCAUGGGCCAGUUUAGGGAAUUUCAUCAGCACAGCAGAGAAGAUCCGUCUCCCAGACGACUGCACCAUCGGCUACAUCAUUGAGGCGCUGUUGGAGGUCUCCCUCACACACACACACCUCUUCCAUUCUCACCUGGAGAACUUGCAGAAGCUGCCCACUGACUCUGUCCUGGAGCAGGUGACUCUCAGCUACGGAGGUUUUGAGAACAGAAGAAAUGUGGUCAGUAUUGUUGGAGGACUUUCACUGGCUGAAGAUCCCACAAGGUUUAAGACAGUCCACUGCCAUCUGUACCCAUUUACUGACUGGUGUCCAAAGAUCAAACCUCGCCACAAAAACUGAAUGCCACAGUGUUUUAAUUGUGCAGCACUGACACUUGCUGGAGCUUUGCCUCACUCUGCCAUGUUUGGGUGAAGCCACGUGUAGCUGGGAAUACCUCACGUGUCAUGAAGUGGAUGCCUUCACCCAAAGCAGCCUCACCUCAUGCUUCAUGAAAACCCAGUGCUAUUGUGAGAAGCUUUUAAAUCGGCAGAGCUGAAUCUAACAGGUGGAACCAAAGAAGGACCUUUUCUGGCUAGUAGAGCAUGAGAGUGGAUGAAGCCAUUAGUGUCUUGAGCUACAUUUGUAAAUGAGCUUUUGAAAGUUGACUAUUAACGUAACUGUGCCCUUGUUAAUUAAGACAAUUUAUAGGUUCAUGCCACUGUGUAGAACUUUUUUUCAUUUGAUACGUGUUGUUAAAUUACUUCAUUUUAUUUACUAAGUGUUUCCUCCAAGUCAUGUGAUGUGUGUUUUAAUAAUGGUAAAUUUUCCCAUUCCUGUUGACAAGGUAUCAAUGAAGCAUAAGACAAUGUUCACUUUGCCAUUGCAGUCAGAAACCAACUUUGCAACAUGGUUUCUAAAUUGACCCAAAAUAGAAGAGGAAAUUAAAGCAUUUAAUUUAAUCCAAGUUUUAUAAAGCUCAACCUCUGAACUUCUCUUCUGUGGCUUGGAUGUUGGAAUUAUGUUCAAUGUAGCAGGUUUUUUGUACUAAUAGAUUUUCAUGCCCAUCCAAGUGCAAGCUUUCAGUUGGCCAGUCAUCUUAUGUAGCUAACCCUAACCCUGGAGAUUCCUGUAAACCUAGCCUGUCCCAGUAAAUUCUGCUAUUUGACAGGUUAAGUGAAACCACAGUGGAAGGAUCCAAGUGAUUUUUUGUGGCUCAGUGACAAAGACAUUGAUUGGAAAAGACUAAACCUUUCUCUCUUCCUAACCCUAGCAGUCUCGGUUAGCUACAGCAGCAAUUUAGUUACGGGUCACUGUGAUGCAAUACUUUCAUAGAGCAAGUUAAUACCAGGACUCUGCGGGCCAGCUUCAACAAAUCAAGUGGGAGUUUUUGUUCUGGCAGUUGUUCAGGAUGUGUUGCAUGACAGCAACCAUACAUGGGACAACCCUAAGGAGCGCCUCUACCACAGCUCAGUCCAAAUUACACUGUGUACACACACAGAUGGAAUUUCAUACCACAAAGUUUUGACUGCAUUCAGUUUUUUGGGCUCAUAGUCAUGUGAGAGUUGUACACUGCAUGAUUUCCAGCUUGUCUGCUCUGAAGUGUGAUGGCUCUGAGGUUGUAAAUAUCUAUGAUACAAUCAGGUAGAAGCCCUUGUAUGUGAAGGAGGCUACAGUGUUAUUAUGACAUACUCAGCAACAAAUCAGUUUGUGUUUUCAGGUUCAUUUCAUCUCCUUGUUCUGUUUCUGCUGAUGUGACGUGACCGCCCAAAGUCAACAUAGCAUCACUAUGGUUUCCUGUAGUGAAAAAUGAUUGAGGUACUUUAAAUGGGCCUGAGCGUGUAUUUAAGUUUUUAUUUCUCUUUCUUUCAAAUAUGAACUGCAGUUUAAUAUGAUCAGAAAUGAGACUGUGCUGUUUGGGCUGCUGUGUGUGCACAUUAUAUUCAGUCUGUUACUGUCCUGUCCCUCAUGUUCUCAGCCUAACACCUUCUCCCUGUUUCAGCCUAUUUCCUACUGGUCCCUAUCUAUGGUUUUGCACUACUUUGACUGUAUCGCUUCCUAUAAGUUACUGACUGUAGCUAAAUGUCUAAAUUAGUUAAUGUUUUUGUUGGGUCUUGUAUAUUCGUGUUGGGUCUUGUAAAUUCUUUUAUUUUUUCGUAGGUUGUAAUUGUAGCUCUGUGGUCACCUCUUUGAGAAAUGGUCAAGAGCAGGAAAGGAUAGAAACUGAACCGUGUGACUUAAAUGGGUGGAGCCAAAGAACAUCUCAACGUUUGCUAUGAAGGGUCCUCCGAGGAUGGUUGCUAAUAAUUGACUGUUUAGUCCUAACAUGAAGUUUCCUGGUUGAUGAUUAGGUAUCUGAUUAGCUAAUGCUAAAUUGAAACCCUGCUGUUGACCUACCACUGCCACAGCGAUGCUUAAGUUUUAUAAAUGGGAAAAUGAAAAUCUCUGGGGCCAUUAUAUCAGAGCUAGACCUUCUUUGGCAUACAGGUUUGUGGCCUUGACUUAAUAAACUGGUUCAUUUGGCAGCACCCACACAUGUUACACAAUCCAGCCGCAGUAUUUGUGCCUGUAAAGCGUGUCUGUUUUAAACAGGUGUCCUCCUUUUUGCACACAAGACAAAAAUCCAAAAUGCAGAGCUUGUGUGUCACUGCAGGUCAGUGAGUGAGCCUGAAGGACAGUGAUGGUUGAACUGUUUACCGCUGAUGUAUUAUUUUGUUUUAAGAAUAAAAUCUUUCUACAUUCUCAA